UUCGCCAGCACUUCUCGAGCCUAUCGCAUCGAUCAACAAUCAUCGUUCAGUUGUCGUUCCCCCUUCUCUCUCGAUCCUCAGAGCCUGCACAAAUGGCCGGCCAACAGUUGCGCGAAAGGAUCGCCGUCCAAACGCAACGCGCCACGCGUUCCCAAACGCUCGACCCGAACAGCAGCAACGCCGUCCCCAACUCGCAGCCUCCUGAGGGUGACGACGACGAGCUACUACAGCGUGAGGAGCGAGCGCACCGUCGUCGGAUGAUGCAGCUGGAAGCAGCAGAGGCUGAAGCCCGCAUCGAGAACCUCCGCCAGGCGUCGAGUGCUACCAGUGGCCGCAGUCAGGGGCUCGACGACAUAUGUGCAGGUGAGAACUACACCCCCGCCAUCACUAACAUCAUCAAUGAGAUGCCCGGCAUCGCCCCAAGAGACAUCUACCUCAUCUCUGAGCAAAAAUUCGACCCGGUAAACCUCUCCCGUCUACACGUCCCAUCGGCAGCGGCCCCGUCGUCCCCUCGCCCAUGCUCCUCCACGAACCCCAGUCCUACGUCGAGAUCGACCCAACAUCCCGCCAAAUCCGAAUGAAGCGGCCCAGGGGUUCCCCUAAGGACUUGGGCGACACACCAGACAUCUGGAUGGCAAGCUUCACAAACUAUAUACGCAUCAUCACGCUCCUUUUCGGCACCGAGAACCUAGGGGCAUCGCCGGCAUGCUACACUUUCAGCGCCGCAUACAGGACCUAGCCCAAAGCUACGCAUGGGAAGCGGUGCUUGGCUUUGCCCUAGACACCCAUAAACUCAUCGCUGCAACCUCAAUCCUUUCCCGCGAUGCAAUGGAGAAUGUAAACCGCUCACAUCUCGAUCAUUGGAUCAACGCCGGUACAGUCCGCAUUAAAAAGCCCCG